GCUUUGAAUAGAACGCCGCGACGGCCUCCUCCCCUCUCCAUCGAUCGAGCGAGACGCUCCGGCGCGCGGCCACCUCCGGUGCGGCGGCUUGCCGGAGGCGAUCGACGGGCGGCGGGUGGUCCGACCGAUGGCGACCAUGGCGUCGGCGGCGGCGGCAUCCGCGUCCGCGCGGCGGUGGCGGUGGAGGUGGAAGUGGAGGACGCGGGACGCGGUGCUGGCGCUGCUCAUCGCCUCGGUGCUCGCGCCGCCCCUCCUGCUCUACGGCGGCGCCCCCAUCGCCCCCUUCUCCGGCCCCAUCCUGAUGGGGAGCGCCGCCUCCGGCCUCGAUCUGUCCAAUCUGAUUGCUCGGAAGGAGGUGCGGGAGCGGCUAAAUGCUCUUAAACAGGACGCAUUUGCUGCGGUGAAGGAGCCUAUUCAGACGGUUGCAUCUGACGCUGCCGCACUCAAGGCCGGUUUGAUUCAACACAUUGUUGAUCAGAGCAGUGGUAUAGAUAGAGGGACCAAGGAUAAUGGUAUGGUUGCUUCUGUGAAUAAGAAGGGCGGUGUUGAAUUCACAAAAGAGAAUGGCCUAAUCGAUGAUGGUAAAUUGCGGGAGAACAAAGUUCGUGCAAUGCGCAAUUCUAGUGGUUUGAAUAUUACACUGAACAAGGAUCAUACUGCUGACAGGCCACCUGAGAAAACUACAGACACUACCUCAGAGGACUCUGAUAUAAGGGCAAUCAGCAAUAAUACUAGUCAUUCCACAGCUUCUCCAGAUAGUACAAUCCGUGUUCUUAGGGACCAGUUAAAAAGAGCUAGAACAUAUAUUGGGUUUCUAUCUUCUAGAGGCAAUCAUGGGUUUAUUAAGGAUCUCAGAAGAAGGAUGAGGGAUAUCCAGCAGGCACUCAGUGGUGCAACCAAUGACAAGCAAUUACCAAAGAAUGUUCAUGGAAGAAUCAGAGAAAUGGAGUUGACAUUAACAAAGAUCAAACAAGUGCAUGAGAACUGUGCAGCUAUUAUCAGUAAGCUACAAGCCACACUUCACUCUACAGAGGAGCAGAUGCAGGCUCACAAGCAAGAGGCUAACUAUGUCACACAAAUAGCGGCUAAAGCUCUACCCAAAAGACUUAACUGUCUUGCAAUGCGGCUUACAAAUGAAUAUUAUUCUUCCAGCUCUAGCAACAAGCAUUUUCCAUACGAAGAAAAGUUGGAAGACCCAAAACUACAGCACUAUGCAUUAUUCUCGGAUAAUGUACUAGGAGCUGCUGUGGUUGUAAAUUCAACUAUUAUACAUGCUAAGACACCAGAGAACCAUGUUUUCCAUAUUGUGACGGAUAAGCUUAAUUAUGCUGCAAUGAGAAUGUGGUUCUUGGAAAAUUCUCAAGGUAAAGCUGCUAUUGAAGUUCAGAACAUCGAAGACUUUACAUGGCUAAAUUCGAGCUACAGUCCAGUUCUUAAGCAGCUGGAAUCCCAAUUCAUGAUCAACUACUAUUUCAAGACCCAGCAGGACAAGCGUGAUAACAACCCCAAGUUCCAGAACCCAAAAUACUUGUCCAUUCUCAAUCAUCUACGGUUCUAUCUUCCUGAGAUCUUCCCAAAGCUUAACAAGGUUUUAUUUCUUGAUGAUGAUAUUGUAGUCCAGCAGGACCUAAGUGCACUUUGGUCAAUAGACCUCAAAGGUAAGGUCAAUGGUGCUAUCCAAACCUGUGGAGAGACUUUCCAUAGGUUUGAUAGGUAUCUCAACUUCUCAAACCCUCUUAUUGCCAAGAAUUUUGAACGGCGUGCAUGCGGCUGGGCAUAUGGCAUGAACAUGUUUGAUUUGUCUGAGUGGAGAAAGCGUAAUAUUACUGAUGUUUACCACUACUGGCAGGAACAAAAUGAACAUAGACUACUGUGGAAGUUAGGAACACUCCCUGCUGGUCUUGUGACAUUCUGGAACCAAACAUUCCCUCUUGAUCACAAAUGGCAUCUACUGGGGCUAGGAUACAAGCCAAAUGUGAAUCAAAAGGAUAUCGAGGGAGCAGCUGUGAUACACUACAACGGGAAUCGGAAACCUUGGCUCGAGAUUGCAAUGGCCAAAUACCGCAAAUACUGGUCCAAAUAUGUCAAUUUUGACAAUGUGUUUAUACGUCAGUGCAACAUACAUCCCUGAGUUGCUGACGGAUACACCUGUGAAUAUGCUGCCGAAAUAAUCUUUUUUUUAGGCCUUUUAGGUUUGUUUCUUCCCUGGUAUCUAAAUGAUCUAGGGGGUUUAUAUUUAUUGAUUAAUUUCUUUCUUGUAACCAUAAUGCAAACAAGUUAUAAGGUCAAUUGCAAAUUCACCACCAUUUUGAAUCGA